AUGUCGUCGGUGUCGUCCAUGCAAGGCCAAUUCUCCGACUACCUCAAUGCCAUGGACAGCAGCCUGAUGUCUAAAGUGUCAUCCUUCAGGGAGAUGAUCCCAGACCUGUCCGGCUGGAACCUGACGGGCUUCGGAAUAGACACAGACCUGGAGAAAUCCGUGGAGAAGUUUCAUGACAAGUACUGUGACGGACUCACGCUGAAGCGCGGCGGCAAGGUGCCCUCCGUGCUCCGAGGACCCGAGCUGAACAUCACCCUUGCCACAGGAAACUGCACCUUGGUGUGGUCUGACGAUUACAAGAACAAGUCUGUCGUCUGCACCACCCCCUCAGUGUCCUACGUGAAGACACCCACCAAGUUCGUGUUCAAGCACUUCAAGGCAUCCUCCUUCUCUGUGGGGAGCUGCAUAUUCAAGAAGGAGCUGUCAAAGGGGUCGGAGAAGGUGCUGUACAGUGGAGGCGAUGACAUCAUCUUCAAGAGCUCGCACGACUUCCAGAAGAGCGUGCAGUCUGGGGCAUUUGACCUCUGGGGCAUGCCCUCUCACAGCAGCAGCAACAGCACAGCGAGCGCCGACGCGACGGCAUCCAGCAGCGCCCUGCUGAACCUGCUCCCCACCGACUGGUCCAUCAUUCAGUCUGAGUGA